AUGCGCAAAAUAGCUUUAGAUGAAGAAAAAGUGGACGGGCCAAAAUUUCCAGUUGACAAACUGAGACUAGUGAUCAAAAAAUAUUGGGUGAGAGCAGUAACAGGAUGCCCCCAGUUUGUAAUGGCACGUAGUGUGACUUGCACCGCUUCAGGUUUGAUGUGCCUAUUAGUUGCUCUCACUUUUGCAGGAGUUGAUAUUCGGAUGAAAAUAGCACAACCAGAAGAUGAGACUUAUUCUGCCUAUAAGUGGUCAAUCAAUUGGAUUCUAAACGUUCAGUUAAUUGGAGUGGCAUUGGGUACUAUUGCCCCUGCAUUCAGAUGGUUUACUGCUGCCCGAGACUUGUGGACUGGAGAGAGAGCUCGUUACCUUUACAAAUUCAACACCACAAGUGGAAAAAAAUUCUUCAUGCUGUAA